ACAGAAGCAAUACUCGAUCCCUAACAAGAUCAACUAGCUAGCUAAGAAGAUGGCCCUUGGGAAGGCGGCUGCGAGUUGGCGCUCCUGGAUCACGAGCGAUACCACUUUGGUGAAGGUGCAAGCGUUCACGGCAAACAGCGGGUAUCCAUGUGAGAAGACGCAUAACAUGUUCCCGGUGAUGGUGCGGGUCACGGCACUAGACGAGGGGGGAGGCUCCAAGCCGCAGCGGCACGUUGGUAUCGACAUCGUGGCUGUACUCGACAUCAGCGGGAGCAUGUUUGGGGACAAGCUGGAGCAGAUGAAGCAGGCCAUGACAAACGUCAUUGACAAGCUCGGCAACGACGACCGGCUCUCCAUCGUAUCCUUUGAGUCCAAUGUGUACCGCCUCAUGGAGCUCACAUACAUGUCUGAGCAAGGGCGGAGAGCCGCUCGGGAAAAGAUCAAUGAGCUCUUCACCAAAGGUGGCACCAACAUGGGCCCGGCUCUGCACGAGGGAGCUCAGAUUUUGCGGGGGCGCCAAACUCAGGAGAUGAGCAGCCGUGUAGGUUGCAUCGUGUUCCUGUCGGAUGGUUUGGACGAUGGUAUCUUCAAGGAAACUAUUAGCCCCGAUUUCCCAGCACACACCUUUGGCUUGGGCGACGACCACGACCCUCAUGCCUUGAAGUACAUCGCCGACCAGACCUCCGGCACGUACUCCUUCGUCAACAAGGACCCCAAGAAGAUUAACUACGCCUUCCAGCUAUUCAUUGCUGGCAUCACGUCCGUCGCCGCCACGUCCGUCGAGAUCACCCUCGGGACUCCUGACGGUGUCCUCAUAUCGUCCAUCGCGUCUGGAGGCUACCCCAACAAAACUGGCGCUGACAGGCGGUCCGGCACCGUGCACAUCAACAACAUGUACGCCGGCGAUAAGAAGAACUUCAUCGUCUACCUGGUGCUGCCAGCCACGAAGGAGGGCAAGCAGAAGGUCCUGACCAUCGGUGGCCAGUACCAUGGCCUCAGUGCCGUGAGCAAGCAGCUGGCCGACAUUGAUGUGUCUGUCAUGCGACCACUUGAUAAAUACUCCAGCAAACUAUCCGAGGACCAUGAUGUGGCAGAAGAGCUCGCACGGGUGAAACGGCUGAAUGAAAUCCGCUCGGCUUAUGAGGCAGAAGAGCUCGCACGGAUCAAUCAGCUGAAGGCCAAUGGUUCACUUUCUCCUCAACAGCAACAAGCCUAUCUUGCUAGUCUUGCUAGCAGAAUGAAAACAUUAUUGGACACUUUCCAAAAUGUGCCAGCCUUCAAGGAGGAUUAUCAGAAGAUGGUGCCGGCGGACAUCCGCAACACCGAACAGUACAAGAAAUCAGGGCUGCCUUACAUGUUGUCAUGGCUAUCUUCGAACAAUUGGCAGCGUGCAACCACCAUGGACGAUCUCUUUAAUGCUCAUUUCCUGACCCCGGGCCAAAAAGAUGUCCAGGACGCCAGCAAGGCUGCCGAUGCCUCUGCAGCCGCUGCCGCUGCUAAUCCUCCUCCUUCUCCUUCUCCUACUACUAGAUGGGGAAAGGUCAUCGCAAGGGCAAAGAGCAACCCAUGCUCUUACUUGCUACCGAGUGUUGCUGUGGCACUUGCAGUGGCCUCGCUCUUUCUGGCGAUGCUCUACUCUGCAGUCGAGGGAAGCUCCAAGCCGGCGAUGAACUUAGGCCCGCUGCAGUAUCCCAUGCUCGCAGACAACAACUAUGCUGCAUGGGCCAUCAAGAUGGAGGCAUACAUGCGUGCUCAAGGAGUUUGGGACGCGGUGGUAGCCAAAGAUCAUCCCAAAGUUUCUGCGAGGAAGAACCAAAUGGCAUUGGCCUCCAUUUACCAAGCUAUCCCGGAGGGCACGUUGUUCCUCCUAUCCCAAAAGAAGACAGCCAAGUCGGCGUGGGAGGCGCUCAAGACCAUGCACAUCGGAGACCAGCGCCUCAGGGAUGCCAAGCUGCAAACCCUCAAGCUGGAGUUUGAGGGGUUGCGCAUGAAGGAGACGGAGUCCGUGGACGACUUCGCCGUCCGGCUGACGACGGUCGUCAACAAGAUCCACGCACUCGGUGAGCACAUCGAGGAGCCCUACACCGUCAAGAAGUUCCUCCGCGCCGUCCCCAACAAGUACCUCCAGAUUGCUUCAACCAUUGAGCAGUUUGGCGACCUCAACACCAUGACACUCCAAGAGGUUAUUGGGCGGCUCAAGGUGCAUGAGGAGCGCCUAGGACGACUUGGUGCUACCGAGAAGGAGAAUGAGUUGUUGACACGCGCUGAGUGGAUAGCAAGGGAAGAGGCCGACCAUCUCAGCCGUGAUGCAUCCAAGGUAUAUGCUUCGGUUGCCAAGAUCCUCCUCCGUGACGUCGAGAAGGAGAAUGAGUUGUUGACGCAUGCUGAGUGGAAAGCGAGGGAAGUGGUUGAUCAGCUCAACCAUGAUGCAUCCAAGGUAUAUGCUUCAGUUGCCAAGGUCCUCCUCGGCAGGAGUGGGGGAGGCUAUGGCGGUGACACAUACCGGGUAAGCGCUUCCAUUGCCAAGAUUUUGGACACUUUGCUUACAAGUGCUGCGAGGAAGGAAAGGGAGGUGAAAUCCCUGAUCGUUGAAGCUCACGGUGACAAUGAAGUAACUCUUCGCCUCUGAUGAUAUCCCGAGAAUAAAGGUCGUCAAGGCAAUGGAUAAUUGUAAGUGUUUACCUGGUCAACUGCUGUGAUGUUUUAUUAUUGGUGUUGUGUGUGAGUGUGUGAGUGUUGUUGGUGGCCAGACCACUCUCUUUUUGGGUACAGUUUCCACCCUACUUUAAUGCAAAAGUUGUUCUCGUGAAAAAUGUAUGAUCAGUUUGCUUCAUGGACGCUUGGGAAUAAAAAAGAAGGAAAUAAAUAAAAUGAUCAAUGCAGUGCUCUAGCUAGAUAUGGUUUUUUUAGAAUGAGAGAUUGUUUAGCAACGCGACCAGCUUAGAUAAAGGCUUCAAAUUUUUUUUAGAACUGGAUAAAGGCUACAUGAUACCGUUGCUAAACCAACAUACAUUUUUUUAGACAAGCUAAACUAACAUACAUUCUCUCAAGAGGACAAAAAAAAAGGAAAUGAACAUUUUUACAUGGACUUCAAAAUUAUUUGGUCCUACCUCAGCCCAGUUCAGUGCAUAGGAUAACUCUUCUGGACACAACGAGGCCCGGUUAUGGGGGCGCUGCUACACCUCGCUAGGGAUAUUGAUCCUAAAAAAAACCUCGCUUGACCUAUUUAACGCUCUAUGCGUCAAACUCCUGGGGAUUUUUGCAUAGGAAAGGGACUGAGUGAACAUGGCUUCAGCUAUCCCAUUUUAGCUGUCCGGCUUUGGGAACCAUUCGGAAGGAUUCGUUUCGGUUUUUACUGCGUUUUUUCUUUGUUUUGCUGUUCUUUAACCUGUUUUCUAGGGUUUUUUUCUUUUAUGGUUUGUUAUUUUCUUUUUCAAGAACUUCCCUUUUUCAAAAUCUUCACAAUUUCAAAAAAUCUUGGUGUUUCAAAUAUUUGUUUGAACUUUCAAAAAAUGUUCACAAAUUUGAAGAAUUUUUAUA